AUGUCAAUCCAUCGCGGCGGACCUCCAGGUGCCGUCGCAGUAACAUACAAUUCAAUGGCGCCAUUAUCACCAACGCGAAGGUACAGUAGCAGUAGUACCGGACCAACAACCUCCAGCGGAACAACAACCACUAAAUUCAAUAGUUGUAGAUCAUCAAAGGCACUUGAACACAUGAGUUACAGUGCGGCAGCAACAUCUACCACUUGUUUAUCUGGGGCUAGAAAAAAUUAUUAUUCCCCUGCAAGGUCAGUCUCGUCGUACAGUGAAGCCGGAUCGGUCUCAUCGGCAGCCAGCAAGUUGUCGCCAAAGUUUUCAUCUACAUCAACGUCUUCAGCAUCCUCAACAGCCUCAUCGGUCUCGUCUUCAAACAAUCGUGAUCGUUACAACAAUUUAUCAGCGUCGAAUAAUUUAACCGAUAGUGAAUUUCGAUCAAAAUACUCACCUGACAACUACAUACCGACGAUAUACCGAAGCAACGGGAGCAACAGCAGCCUCAGUAGUAACAGCAGUACGUUAAAUGGUCACUGCAAGUCAUUUCCAACAUCCUCAUCAACGAGUGGCCUAGCAGAGCUUCACGGUGGUGAUGAACGGGACUCAAUUGGUUACCGUGAGCAACGUGACCGUUCAUACUCAAACGAAACAACAAAUUCACUAAUCGGUGGGGACAGGUGGGCUGUCAAUAAUCGACACACUAAAAGAAGAAAUAAUCCAACAAACACCCUGUUGACCGGGCAUGAUCAAAUCGACAGCGCUGCGGCGCCAACCGAGGUAACGCACCAUCAGACAUCAUCAUCAUCAUCAUCUUUGGAACAAGAUCACGAUAGCAAUAUUAUUCCGGAUAUCGCGAGAAAUAAUAUCCUUCACCACGGGAAUAAUGUCAAUAAUAAAACGGCUAUUGCUGUUGUUGACAAUGACAACAACAACGCCAACAAUAACAAUGACCAUGACCGUCAACAACAAUACAGUGACGAUCAGCAUCAUCGUAGUAUUAUUAAUAAUCACAAUGACCGCGACUAUGACGAUAAUUAUUUAAACCAUCACGGUCAUCCGACGUUGGCUGGCUAUACGCAAAGAUCAUAUUCUUCAGUAACAGCAGCAACAACACCUGCUGUUACUACAACAACGACAACAAUAACAACAACAAACACUGCUACAACUCUUUUACUCUCGUCAUCUCCUUCCUCGUCAUCCUUAUCAUCAUCCACUACCUCCCAUCAAUUAACAAGCCCUGUAGACUCUCCUGCUUCCGAAUCGUACAAUUCCACGACAACUACACCGUUAGCUACGCCAAUAGCUUCAAUAGCUAGUGUUACUGAUAAUUAUACUUUUUACAAUACUUUGUCGUCGACGUCAGCCACGUCUGGUGAUGGUGGUGGUAGUGCUGCACCCGCUGAUAAUAGAGCUUGCUCGUGGACUAAAAAAACACCGCCCACUAAUCCCGAUAACAGUACGGAGCUGGUGACUAACAAUAAUGAUCAGGAAAAUUCAAAUUCCCGUAACAAUCCUGUUUUAAAAGAACCGACUACUACCGGAGCAGUCUUCACUGUUGGAGAUCCUAUGUUAGGGAGCUUGCAUUCUUCUAUACUUAGUACGCAUUUGUAUAGUGUUGAAAGUAGUAAUUCAUCAACAAAUUGGAUGUCUAAUGAUAAUAAUGAUUAUCAACAACAGCAACGCCUAACAAGUAAGAGAGAUGUCACAAAUAACUCUGAUGAUGGGUUCGAUGGAAUACGCUUGGAAUUAAAUGAAUAUACUGAUGAUUCUCCAUUAGAUAAUAAUAAAUAUUUAGAAAACGUUAAGACAAAUAGUAUAAUUGAAAAACCUCAAGAUAAUAAUCCAACCAGACCAGCGUACAGUCAAGUCGCCAGUGGCUUUUGUAAAGUACCAGUAGACCUUAAUACCAAGGUGACAUCCAGACCUCUAGGUACUCUUAACGAUGAUUCUGGGAAAGCAUCCAACUCAAAAACACCCUUUGACUGGCAAAAGGAGGAAACUCUCGCUGAUGGCGCACGGUUUAAUCCAUCAUCCUCCUCAGCAGGGAGCAGCACUUUGAAUCCACCAGUUGGUGUUCAUCAGGGCGUUUCUCGUGGAAUCAACGACCAGAUUGAGGAGAGUUCGAGCUCAAGGCCACCAAGGAGUAGUCGAAUACCAACACGACGAGACGAGAAUUAUGGCCUCAAUGGAUUGAGAAAUAUUGGAAAUACAUGUUUUAUGAAUAGCGUGAUCCAAUGUCUCAGCAACACGAAGCCAUUACUUGAGUACCUGUUAAAUGAACAGUACUUGAAUGAUAUUAAUCAAACGACAUCCAGCAUGAAAGGUGCCUUGAUAAAAGCUUUCGCUCAAGUUAUUAAUGAACUUUGGGAGAGCAGUGGUGAUCAUGUAGUUAAUACUUCAUCAUUAAAAAAUCAAAUCCAAAGAUUUGCUCCAAGAUUCAUGGGUUACGCCCAACAGGAUGCUCAAGAGUUCCUUAGAUAUCUGUUGGAAGGAUUACACGAGGAUGUCAACAGAGUUGCUGUUAAACCUCAACCUAUUCUUGCAGACAUACCUGAUCACUUUACAGAUAGCCAAAAAGCGACAGAAAGUUGGAAAAGAUACCUACGUAGCGAAGACAGUACUAUCGUCGAUGUGUUUGUAGGACAACUUCGUUCAUCUCUGCAGUGUACGUCCUGCGAUCAUAUUUCAGUUACCCUAGAUCCAUUUUGGGAUUUAAGUUUGCCAAUACCUACACGAAGUGGUACAGUUAAACUUAAUCAGUGUCUCGAGCACUUUACAAAGACAGAGAUAAUGGAUGGUGAUGAAAAACCCACGUGUUCCAAGUGCCAGAUGAGAAGAAAGUGCACUAAACGAUUUAGCAUUCAAAAGUUUCCCAAAAUCUUAGUAAUUCAUUUGAAACGAUUUUCACCAACGGAAAGAUUCCGUUCGAAAUUGAGCGUCCUGGUUGAUUUUCCACUGAUGGGGUUGGAUCUCAGUGCCUUUGCCGCAACUGGCGUUCAAGGAUGUACGUACAAUCUUUACGGAGUAGCUAAUCACUCGGGUACGCCGUACUCGGGUCAUUACACAGCCUACUGUAAGCAUCCUUACUCCGGUGAAUGGCACGAGUACAACGACAGCAGAGUGUCAUCAGUGUCAGCUAGCUCAGUAAUUUCCAGUGAGGCGUACGUUCUCUUCUACGAGCAGCAGUCACAGUCACAGCAGCAACAGCAGCCUCUUAGUCAUCAUUUGUAA